AUGUUCGGCCAGCUGGUGAAUCUUGUAAUCAUUUACAUGCUUGAUGAGAACCCUAACAUCUCUCAGCACAAUGGACGGAAGGUUCGUGGCCAGCAGUUGUCGACAGUUGCGAAUAAUUUACCUGUAAGUGAUCAGAGAGUUUUGUCCACAAUUUUUUGGAAAAUGCCCAAAAAAGUGCACUUAGAGUACAAAUAUGUAAAAUUCCGUUUCAUCAAAGUUUUGCAGCCCUUUUUGAUAGGGCAGUUAAAAUUUGGAACAUGUAUUAAUAGUUAAAUCAAUAACCGAGUUAAAGGGUGGUCAGAAAUACAUGUCCGGGAGUAUAAGUCAAGUUGAUGUAAUUCGUACAGGAUGUGUUGAAACAACCAAAUCUUAA